UACUCUGCCCAGUGCUUUGUGCCUCACUAUCUCUGUUCUUCAUAUUGACGCUGCUCUCUCAACCUUGGCUUCGGCGGAUUGCUGUUGUCUCGCAGUUCAGCUGCUAUGAAGGAGAGCAACUUGCCAGUCUGCUGCAAUCAACUAAGAGGGGGAUCGAAUUAGCGAGAUGCACGGAUGGAAAUUCUUUGCCAGAAAAGAUAUGGCUAAAGCAACAGUUUUCUAUUGGGGUUAAUGACGUAACCCGGGUCCUUGAACGAAUGAGACCAUGCACUGAGCUGGGAAAGUCUGCUCAACUUCCCCCUUUAAUCAGCAGCACUCAUAGAUCACCUUUGGUUAAACUUCAGGCUGUCCUUGUAGCUUCCGAUACUAAGCCAAAUUGGUUGACUAAGCAUCUGCCAGGUUUGGCUUCAUCAAGAGGGGUGCCCUUAAUCUUUGUUAAAGAUAACAAAGGUGGUUCUUUGAGAUUAGGUGAACUUGUUAAAUUGAAAACUGCCAUUGCUAUUGGAAUUAAGGAAAAAGGGAACCCCAUCAAUAAAAUUUAUGAAGAUAUACUUUAAAAGGCAAUGAAUUUAAACAUGGAAAAGACAGGCCAGAUUUCACUGCUACAUUUGGCGAACAAAUUGAGAAGAGUAACAUGCCCCAGCCAUCUAAAUGAAUGGCUAUAGGUUUAUAACCCAUUCUUGAACUUGUAUUCUAAUGUAGUUCUUUAUAUCUAGACUAGAUACAUGUUACAUUUUUUCAUUUACAGUCAUGGUCUAUUGUACAUUAAACUUUACAUGCAAGCAGAUCAGCGCCAGAUUUUUAGUUAUAUAACUUUGUGGCGUGCUGGAAUUAUGCGCUAGCACUUGAUGUUGAAGGUUCAACACUACCAACUGGAUCAGCAUUGGUAUUA